AUGUAUAGCAAGUAUUGUGCCUCAAAAUCACCUCUGGCUCGGCUGAACUCGGGUAGGAGCAGCCCGACAUGGCGACGUCUCGCGGCCGCUUGGCCCCUGGCCCAGCCAAACAUUCGCUGGAUCAUUGGUGAUGGAAGAGCCCUGUUUUGGGACGACAUCUGGCUCGGGGAUAGACCAAUCAGAGAUCUUUGCUUAGACACAAGGGGUGAACCUACGACAAGGGUGGCGGAGUUUUGGACGAAUGGACAGUGGGAUGGGGCUAAGGUCGGAACCACAUGCAACCAAACAGGCAUGCCGCUUCACGUGGCUGAGGCCAUCAUGAGUACCCCUAUCCUCCCUAAUUGCCCCGAUGUCCCAAGGUGGACUUUGUCUCGAGACGGAAAUUUCUCUCUGUCCUCGGCAUGGGACUCGAACAGAGCUCGGAGGCCUCGUAUCCCGGCUCUUGGAGACAUCUGGCACGGUGGCAUCUCAACAACAAUCUCGGUCUUCAUGUGGAGGCUAAUUUCGAAUAGGAUACCGGUCGACGCAAAGCUACAAUGGAGGCACAUCUCCUUGGCUUCAAAAUGCCAAUGCUGCCCUAGGCAGCCGGGGAUAGAAUCCAUUCAACACCUUUUUAUUAAUGGACGAGGGGCAAGCAUGGUUUGGAGGCUCUUUGAUGAAUGGUUUGAUGGGGCGAGCCACCCCCUCCGACCUUCGGACUCCAUUCCAUCUAGACUCGAAACUUGGGCUAAGAGAAUCAACCGGCCCACAAAGGACCACAUGGCCCGGACUCUCCCCUGCAUCAUCCUCUGGUACUUGUGGGCGGAGAGGAAUAAUAGCCGACACAAUGGGGUUUGCUUUAGGGCCUAUAACGUGGUUUGGCAAGUCAGGCUAUAUGUCCAGAAACUGGUGGAAAGUGGGCGAGCACGGGCGAAACACUUCAAGGAUGUUCGUUUUGAGGGGUUAACACUUUCCCCUCCUCGGCCGAAGGAACCAACUAGAAGGGCCGUGGCUAUCAAAUGGCACCCCCCGGAUGCACCAUGGCUCAAGUUAAACGUCAUGGGCAGAUACGAUGCGACAACGGACAGAGCCUGCGGAGGUGGGAUCAUCCGAGACCAUCUCGGCAAGAUGGUGGGGGCUUUCUAUACGCCCAUCGAUGCACACUCCGAGCUUGAGGCCGAGCUCGAUACCACACUCCGAGGUAUGGCAUUUGCCGAGAGGCGAGGCCCACUGAUAUGGGUAGAGUUAAGUUCACAUCAGGCUAAAAAAGCUAUUGAAUCAAGGGAUUGGGGGCCGGCGGCAUGUCGACACACAAUGGUGCGAGUCCAAGGCAUUAUGAAGGAGGGUAAGUUCAAACUCAACUAUGUCCACCCGGAGAGCAACAAGGUGGCCGAAUACCUGGCUAAAUUGGGAAAGGAAUCGACGCAAUAUCAUGAAGUCAAUAUUGAGGCCGCUCCUAGGCUUUUAAUCGCUAUGGUCCGCCUUGAACGGCUGGGAGUGCCAAAUAUCAGAUUGGAAGAAGAGGACAAUGGAUAG